AUGGACGCCAAGAUCACAAUACGGCAAUCCCUUCUGAUCGUCCUUUGUCUUUUGUUCUCAACUUUUCUUGCAUGGGCUCAAGAUCUUCAAGAUGGGGACCAGAUAGCAGAAGCCAUCCGAAUAUGUCGUGAAAAGCUAGCUGUGGAUCCUCAUUUCCCCAAAGUCCAAUACUCGUUGGCACAAUUGCUAGACUCGCAAAUCAUAGUAGAACAAGACGAAUUGGAUCAUGAAUUGGUCACCGAAGUGAUCGACUUGUACUAUACGGUUGGGUGGCCAUCCCAAGAGACUCUUGAAGACCGACUGCCGCCAGUCAAGGUUCGAUUCGAUGCACUGGUGCGAGCCGCUACCAUUGCCGACGAGAUUCUGCAAGAUACCGACACGGCUGUUCAACUAUUCAUUGAAGCAUUGCAUCUUGAUGGGGUAGACACGGAAUCCACAAUCGCCGCAUUCGCAGUGGUGAUGCCAAUGAUACUUUCUUCCGUGCUCGAAGGCAGGGAAGAUACAGCCAGGACGAUAGCACCCGACGGCAGCAUUCAGACAGAACCAUCAUUCAGCAGCCAUGAUCAAUUACAACAAGCAUUGUACCUUUGUGACUAUGUUUGUGUCAAUUGUCCCAAUGAAUCCAUUGUCGACGAGUACAAGGGCGCCACACUGCGGAAAAUGAAGGAGCCGCUUUUGGCCUUCAAGUCGUAUGAAGUUGCACUCUUCAAGGCGCGAGAAGCCUAUCGACAAUGCAAUCGUGAUCUGAACGACUGUGCCCCUUUUCUGGCAAGUUAUAUAAAAACUUCGAUCCUUGUGUCAGCUGCCGCCAGGGAAGCAGAUGUUGGACCUGACGAACAGAUGGAGUAUCUUCGAGAGGUGGAGGCUCACGUUGGACCAUUUACGAACGAACGAUUCUUUGAGGAUCUUGACGACGCUACCUUGGAAUCUGGGCGAAACCAAGUUGUGGAUCUUUACAACAAUAUGGGAAUUAUCGAAAAGAAGAGAGGAUCGCUGGGCGAAGCCAAAAACCACUUUUUGAAAGCUUUAGAAUUCAAUCCAAACGAUGGGCACGCAGUCGUUCAGUUGGCAAGUCUUGAAGACGAUGCAAUCGCAAAUGUAAAGGAUCUAGAUCAAAACUACGUGCGUGAUCUGUUUGAUGGCUACUCCCCACGCUUCGAAUCAGAGCUGGUCGAUGUCCUGCAGUAUCAAGGUCACACUUUGGUGUACGAAGCUCUGGAGAAAGCUUGGAUGAAAGCUGGUAUCCAUAUUACUUCAGGACCGACCAUGAAGAUAAUAGAUCUUGGAUGCGGUACGGGAUUGCUGGGUGAAUUGAUUGCCCACCACCUAGUACCGGAAGUCGCCGAGGUUCAUGGCGUGGAUCUCUCGCAACGGAUGGUGGACAUUGCGACAGCGCGGAAAACCAAUAAGGGUCAUGAUGUAUAUGUCACAGUGACCAAUGCUGACGCAACUGAAUACUUAUCCAACCAAGCAAAUGAGUCAGUGGAUGCGAUUCUUGCGUCUGACGUAUUUAUCUACAUUGGUGACAUUGGACAAGUCCUAGAAGAGAGUGCCAAGAAACUAAUGAAGGGUGGUCUAGUCGGCUUUACAGUGGAAAGCUAUGAAACUAAAUCAAAAUCGGAUGAUGGUGGCUUGAAAUUGCUGCCCAGUGGAAGGUUUGGACACUCCAAGUCUUACAUAUCGAAUGUUGCCAAAGCUCACGGCUUUGAUGUUAUCGUUUGGCAGAAGUGCGUGUUGCGACAAGGAGGGGGCAAGGAUGUGAACGGCGCUGUUGCAAUAUUGAGAAAGGAAAAGAAAUGA